AUGUCCAAAACAAUUGCACUUAUCAGCGGCGCGAACCAAGGCAUCGGCCUCGCAACAGCAACUCGCCUCGCACGCGAACACGGCUAUCAAGUCAUCAUCGGAUCUCGCAACUCCGACAAUGGCCUCAAAGCAGCGAAGGAGCUUCAAUCGGAAGGUCUAUCCGUUGGCAGUGUGCAACUAGACAUCCUAUCCGACGACUCAAUUGCCAACGCAGCUAAAUAUAUCGACCAGAAAUACGGCAAAUUAGAUGUCCUCAUUAACAACGCCGGGAUCCUGCUAGAUGGCGGCGCUCGCAGUGACAUCACCUCAGGAAUGUCACUGCGUCAACUAUGGGACCUCACUCUGUCCACAAAUGUCACUGGCACAGCCUGUCUGACGGAGGCCAUGAUUCCCUUGCUGCGCAAAUCGAGUCAACGCCCGCGUGUGAUCUUUGUAUCGACUCGGAUGGCUUCCUUGGUCGAGAGCUUGAAUCCCAAUACCUUGUAUUACAAUAUCGACUAUAAGAUGUACGACACUAGCAAAGUCGCAGUGAACAUGCUGGUCUCGAAUUAUGCUCGUAUAUUAGGCGCGGAGAUGAAGGCGCGCGUCAAUGCCGUCUGUCCUGGUCUCAUCCAAACGCAUCUCACCAAUUACAUUUCUUAUGGCGGUAAGCCGGAGGAUGGCGCUCAACGGAUUUUGGAAUUGGCGACUGUUGCCGACGACGAUGAGACGACGGGGACAUUUUCGGACAGUAAUGGUGUCAUAUCUUGGUAG